AAAAGAGAUAGCGGCACAAACACAAAAGUAACUUGACAAGUUUUUCUCUUUCUUCUUAUUCUUCUCAAAAUCAACUUCACCAAUGGUAGAAGAAGAUAUAAUAAGCACUUUACCAGAUUUAAUUCUCCGUCACAUUCUCUCUUUUCUCGAAACCAAACAUGCCGUUACCACAUCCAUUCUUUCAAAGAGAUGGAAGAAUCUCUACCGUUCAGUUCCAGUUCUGCACUUCAAAACAACAGCCACAGAUGAAGCUGCCUAUUUUCGCUUUAUCAACUUCGUAUCCUCAGUUUUUCUCUCCCGAGAUCUCGCAUUUUCCGUUAAAACUUUCCACCUUGAUUUUACUUACCAUGAUUAUCAAAUUAUUUAUCCUCGCUCUCCUAUGGAAAUUGUCACCGCAUGGAUCAAUGUUAUUGUACUACUCGGUGUUGAGUGCAUUGAUCUCUGUGUAGAACUGGAAAAAACCAUUGGUUUUACCAAAUUGCCCAUCAGUAUUCUCACCUGCAAUACCCUUGUGGUUCUCAACCUUCAUUGUUUCGGUGUCGAAGAAACUUUGUCUCCCGUUGAUCUUCCAUCUCUUAAAAUCCUUCAAUUGGACAAUAUUUGGUUCCCUAAAGUUCGAGAUUUGAUGUUGUUCUUAAAUGGAUGUCCAAUUCUUGAGGAUUUGUUUACAUUUAAUGUAUUGUUUGAUUCUGAGGAAUCUCUUACUUAUGAUGAGUGGAAGAGCUUUUGCUUAAGUAACUUGAUACGAGCUAAUAUUGAUUGCUUUUUUAGUCAUUUUCCGUUGAAAGCAGUUCAUAAUGUACAUUCUCUGCGCUUACAAAUUCACCAUGACAAGGUAAAUUACCUUAAUGAUUUCAUUCCUACUUUUCAUAAUUUGACCAAAUUGGAGCUUAAUUCUCUCGAUUAUGGUUGGCAAUUCUUGAUAAAAGUUCUCAACCACAGCCCUAAGCUUCAAGAGCUUAACAUUGAUCAGGCCCACUUAAACAAGGAAACAUGGACUAGAAAAGAUGACAAAGAAAAUUGGGUAGACCCAGAUGUUGUUCCACAAUGCCUUUCAUUACACCUUAGAGCUUGCAAUCUAUUCAAUUUCUUAGGCCUACCAGGCGAGCUUCUACUUGCAAGGUAUAUUUUGAAGAAUGCAAGAGUUUUACAAACCAUGGAUAUCAUGAACGUUGGACUGGCCAACAUAAACGGACUAAUAUCCUUGUGUCCAAGGGGCUCUGCAACAUGUGAGCUUACAGUUUAUGAUUCUCCAUUGGAAUAAUGAAGUUUAUGUGUGGAGUACCUAGCUCCAACAAGAAGUUUCAUCAGAUCAUUGUGAGCCAAGCUAAACAUGAAGAUCAUGCCUUUUUUUGUGAGUUCCAUCAUGGAAGAAAUUUCUAUAUGGCUUUUACUUCUUUUUUUUCCUAUUGAUUUCAUAUAACAAGGAGAAAAAUGAUGACAGGCUGUAAAUUUCAGUGAAAGUUGACUGUGUAUAGUGUUUUUUUUUUUUUAAUUCGUAGGAAGGAUAUGUUGUGGUGGUGUUUGCUACCAAUCUGUACUCUAUUACGCAGCACGAGUAUGGAAGUAAAACCGUUGUUUUAAGUUUGUAGAAGCGAUGAUUUUGGUCAUGCUAUGUAACAUCCCGAAAUUUAGGAAA